AGUGACCGAGUAAUUACCAAGAACAUGUUCCACCCGUCAAAGAGCUGCAAAAAGCAAAAAUGACAAACGCGCAUUCCUUCCUCUACUCCGUGUCUCAUCCCUUUUCAGCAUCUUCCCACUCGAUGAAACGAUCGGUCUCCGCGCAUUUGCAUUCCACUUCCUUCUCUGCAUCUGCUACUUCAGUGCCUGGGCCGCCUCCCAUUUGAAACUCUCCUCCUCUGUUUUCUCUCUUUUAUUAUCCUAAAAAUUCAAGCUUUGCUCUUUCAUCUGCUACUUUUCUUUUCACUCUUCUCAAACUUGUUUGGCAAUCCUUUUUGGCUCUAGUCUUCCGAUCUUUUUUUAACAUUGGCCAUCCUAAACAUUCGAUCGUUGCAGAUUCGUCUUUUUUUUUUCAUAUAAUUGCUUCUUUAGAUCGUAGAAUUUGCCACACCGUUUCCAAAAUUUGAUCUUUUUUUCGUAGUUUGGAUCUUUUCUCUCUCACUGCUCGGUUGUCCAGGUCUCCAUGGGAGCCUGCCAUGGAAAGCAAAUACAAAACCCUGAGUUUCAGGAAGAAGAGAGCCUCCAGAUCCCUAACGCUAGGCAAGCUACACCGGUUGCAGGAACCCCGCAACAGGGCAAGUUCCCCUUCUGCAGCCCAAGCCCUCUUCCAGGAUCUUACAAGAACUCGCCGGCUAACUCCAGCGUGACCUCGUCGCCUCUGCGGUUCCUCAAGCGGCCGUUCCCUCCGCCGUCGCCUGCGAAGCACAUCAGGGCUCUCCUCGCUCGUCGGUACGGCUCGGUGAAGCCGAACGAGGCGUCGAUUCCGGAGGGCAGCGAGGUCGAAGUGGGAUUGGAUAAGAACUUUGGAUUCUUGAAGCAGUUCUUCUCAAAAUUUGAACUUGGGGAGGAGGUCGGGCGUGGGCAUUUUGGUUACACAUGCUCCGGGAAGGUGAAGAAGGGAGAUAUGAAGGGGCAGGAGGUUGCCAUCAAGGUUAUUCCUAAAGCCAAGAUGACAACUGCUAUUUCUGUUGAAGAUGCACGAAGAGAAGUGAGAAUAUUAAGUUCUUUGGCAGGACACAAAAAUCUAGUACGCUUCUAUGAUGCAUAUGAGGAUGAAGAUAAUGUCUAUAUCGUUAUGGAGUUAUGCAAUGGUGGUGAGUUAUUGGAAAGGAUUCUAUUAAGCGGUGGAAAGUAUUCAGAGGAAGAUGCAAAAGCUGUAAUAGUACAGAUAUUGAGUGUUGUGUCUUUUUGUCACCUUCAAGGUGUUGUUCAUCGAGAUCUCAAGCCAGAGAAUUUUCUUUUCACAUCAGGAGAUGAAAAAUCCACCUUAAAAGCCAUAGACUUUGGUUUGUCCGACUUUGUAAAGCCAGACGAGAGAUUGAAUGAUAUUGUCGGAAGUGCAUAUUAUGUUGCACCUGAAGUUCUUCACAGAUGUUAUGGAACUGAGGCAGACAUGUGGAGUGUUGGCGUAAUUGCCUAUAUUUUACUCUGUGGUAGCCGCCCUUUCUGGGCACGCACAGAAUCAGGCAUAUUUCGAGCUGUUCUGAAAGCAGAGCCAAGCUUUGAUGAUCCUCCAUGGCCGUCUCUAUCUUCUCAAGCUAAAGACUUUGUCAAGAAAUUGUUGAAUAAGGAUUACCGUAAGAGAAUGACUGCUGCACAAGCUCUCUGUCAUCCUUGGUUGUGGAAUCCUGAAGAAGCAAAGAUUCCCCUAGACAUUAUGAUCUAUAAGCUUAUAAGAGCUUACAUAUGUUCUUCUUCUCUAAGGAAAUCAGCAUUGAGGGCUCUUGCCAAGACCUUGAAGGUAAAUCAGCUAUAUUACCUUCGAGAACAGUUUGCUUUGUUAGGCCCAAACAAGAGUGGCUAUAUCUCUCUCCAAAACUUAAAGACGGCUUUGUUAAAUGAUUCAACUGAGGCAAUGAAAGAUUCAAAGGUUCUUGAUUUUGUGAACAUGGUGAGCUCUCUUCAAUACAGAAAGCUAGACUUUGAAGAGUUUGCUGCUGCAGCCAUAAGUGUGCAUCAGAUGGAGGCACUGGAUACCUGGGAGCAGCAUGCUCGUCAAGGUUAUGAGUUCUUUGAGAAGGAUGCAAACAGGCCCAUCAUGAUCGAUGAACUUGCAUCGGAACUUGGCCUUAGUCCAUCAGUUCCAAUUCAUGUUGUUCUCCAGGAUUGGAUAAGGCACUCUGAUGGAAAAUUGAGUCUCUUGGGAUUUGUUAAACUUCUUCAUGGUGUUUCUUUGCGCAGACAAUGCUGAAAGCUUAGCAAAACCUUUCUCUUUUUUUUCCAUCAAACAUGAGGAUGCCUGGUCUUGGCACUCAUUGUUUGACCAAACCUUGAUGAUUGAGUGGUUCAUGCCCGAACCUUGAUGAUUGAAUAGGCCAGACAACUAAGAUCUCAGCAGUCAUCUUGACACAUAUGUAACCUUCCUCCUGUACUCAAUGAUGUUAGUAUUCAACCAUGACGGCGAUCAGUGAUGUUGGUCAGGAAGAUGUAUAGAUUAGUAUAGUAAGUGUAGAAGGUUGAAAGGAAUCGAGGUCUACAAAUGUGAUUCAAAAGCUUGUUACUCUGUUUUACUAUCUCUUUACUCUCUUA